AUUCUGGCCUUUUUUAUGCUCCUCUCAUUUGUUUUUUCACAGACAAUUUUAAAUUCAAGGAAGCAAACAACAAAAGAAAAAGAGCCGUUGAAAGCAAGAGAGAAGUGGCAGCAGUAGCAGCAAGCAACUUUGUCUGGUUUUGCGGUGAUGAUUUUUUGGCAUGUUUGGCACAUCAAAAGAUUCUGAGCUUCAAAGAACCCACAGUAGCAAUCAGAGGUUUCAGUCAAGGAGAGGUUUACUCAUCGAGGCCAUUUACAGAAGAAAAUAAUCAGAACUACUUCCCCCAGGACAUAUCUGUAAAGUGUCUUCUGUUGAUUGGAGGAACACUCAUCAAAGGUAAAACAAAGAGACAAAAACAGUCUUGCGGACAAGUGGUGCCAACAUCCUUUCCAUCAAGAGGGCAAUAGGUUCUUCAAGUCUGCGAGUAGCUUAAAGGUGCAAUCUUGACAUUGCUUACGCUCAAAUCAGAUGAAUAGUGGAAGAUUGUUGCACAGCUAGUGAGACAUUUUGAUCAACACAAUUGGUUUGGAUCUGUAAUUCAGGUGAACAUGGAUGGUUUGCAACUGGUUUCGAUGCCACCUAGAAAUGCAUUCAGGGCCGAUCAACCAAAGGCAAGGAGAGGGCUUCAACCUGAUCCACCUUAUUCCAUUAAGUCCUGCACCAGAAAUUUUCUUGAAACUGGUGCAUGGCAUCAGUCUCAAAAUAAGGUUCCCAAUAAAGAGACAAGAUCAAAUGUAUUCCCUGACUAUCCUUCAUGCCAGAGUUCUGUCACUUGCCCUGAUUUCUAUGUUUCGACCCCAAAAGAAUGUAAUGCUGUUAGUUCACUUGAAGCUAAUAGUUCUAAUGUAGACAAGUCUGCAAAUAAAAAAUCUCGACAAAAAACCAGGAGGGGAAAACUGAACAAGAGAGUUUCAAGUGAUACUGGAUCAGCUGAACCAGAAGUUUUGUCCGAGUAUGCUCAUGAAAGUUCAACUUCUGAAGCCUGUAGUUAUGAUCAUGGAGAUGGACUAAUAUAUUCUGCAACUUCACCAGAAGUUUCAUUGCCAGAUGGUAGCAGUAACCAGAUUGUCUUUGAAGGUGACAUUAGAUUCAGCAAUUCUGAAGCACAGGUGAUAUGCACAUCCAACAUUGGUGAAGUGGUUGCUGUGGAAACUUUUGAAGCACUGGACAUUUCAUCGGCAGAUGGUAGCAGUAACCAGAUUGAUUUUGAAGGAGAUCCUAGAUUUAGCAAUUCUGAAACAUCUACGAUCUGCUCAUCCAACAUUGAUGAAGUUGCUACAGUGGAAGACAUUAUACCUUGUAUAGCUCAUAAUUUUCCUGGGGAGUGUCAAAUGAUUAAUUCUGAAAUCAUUAUACAGACAAAAGGAAAGGGCUCCAGUCAGAUCAGCUGUUGUGAUGAUAAGCAAUCCAAAGACUUCUCAUAUGCACCUGAUUCCUCCCUAGUGUUGGACUAUGUAUCUAUUGGUUCAAACAGUGAUGAUGACCCUAAUGGUAGUUAUCGUUCAAAACCAUUUCAUGAAGCUAGCAGCAGAGGUAGCGUUUUAGAAGCUCCAGGUUGCAAUUCCAGAAAGGGGUCUUUAUCUUAUAAAAAUUCAUUUAAUGGUGUUGUAGAUACCUAUCACCACACUGAGGGCUCAAAGCAUGGCAGUCAGAAUUUUAGCAGCAGUGACGCUCAAUUACUUAUAUCAAGAUCAAGCAAGAAAGGCAAGCAAAUAAAAGCAUUACCCAGGAGUGCUGGUGCUCACAAAUAUGGAGGUUUUGGAAAUUUGCAUGUCCGGGCAGGGAAGGAAAUCAACCAUUCUGUCUGGAAAAAGGUUCAGAGGAAUGGUGUGGAUACUGAAACUAAGAUAUCUCCUGUAUGCUUCCAGUCAGACAUGAGUUUGAAAGAAACUCCUUCACUUAAAAGGAACUGUAUUGUUGCUGAGGUAAAUACAGUAUCAAGAACUGAGAAUAAAAAACUGCUGAAAGACAAGGUUUCUAAGAAGUUGAAAAGAAAAAAUAGUCUAGGUUCCAAAUUAGAUUACAGCUGUCAUGGUAGGGGCCACAGUUCCAACAAGGCCAGCUUUAAUACUCGUGCAAAGACUGGCAUGCGACAGGAUGAAACAUUUGGUCUCACAGCUGAAGUGGAUGAUCAAAAAGGAGGGAAAUCUAUUUCAAGAACUCAUUCUAUGAAUACUUGUUUGAUGGUUGGGUUCCAGCCCAGCAGAGUUGAAUGCGCGAAUUCAGAAUCAGUUAACAGCUUGCAAGUUUUCCCAGAUGCAUUACAGCCACUUCAAAGUACUUAUGAUGCCGUUUCCAGCCCAAGACACCACCAUUCAGAAAAUCAAGGUAACUCACCAGCAAAGCUGAGCAAUUUGUUGGACCAAAAUGCGCUCAAGGUGCCACCUCCAGUUUACCUUCCUCAUCUUUUUUUUAAUAAAGGUCUCCAAAUGGAAAAAGAAAUUACACUUGCUGAGCACUGUAAGCAAAACCAUAGUUCUGGGUCAGUUAUGCAGAAAUGGAUACCCAUUGGGGUAAGAGAGUCUGAAUUGGCCACCUCUGCUAGAUUUGGUAAUUCAUUACCAGAUCCUUCUGAUAGACCAGCUCGUGAAGAUUUCACUUUGAGAAAUGUUCAAGAAAACGCCAGUUUUGAUUCUCAAGACCUAGUUUCUUCAUCGUUGUUGGGCACAUGCCAAGGUUCUGGAAAUGCAAGUUGUUCUCCCAAGGAAGAUGACCACAGUCAAAAGUUGAAUAAUUCUACUGGUUGGAUGUUUGAGCUCAACAAGAAGCAUGUUGAAGCUGACAGUUCAACUAGUGAAUACUCUGAUCAACAAUUUUCAGCUUUUGAAGAUAAAUCAAUAAAGAUAAUACAAGCAGUGAAGGAUGCAUGCAGGGUACAGAUGGAAUGUGAAGCUAUUCAGAUGUCCACUGGCAGUCCAGUUGCAGAGUUUGAAAGAUUUCUUCAUUUUUCUUCUCCUGUUAUUAGCCAACUGCCAGGUUUAUCAUGCUGCCAAACUUGUCUGUGUGAUCGGCUUGUUGGUGCGCGACCAUGCAGACAUGAGAUACCAUAUAUCCCAUUGGGAUGCCUCUGGAAGUGGUAUGAAGAGCAUGGGAAUUAUGGUUUAGAAGUAAGGGCAGAAGAUUUUGAAAAUUCUAAGAGCUUGGGUUUGGAUUGUGUUUCGUUUCGUGGCUAUUUUGUUCCCUUUUUAUCGGCAAUUCAACUAUUCAAAAACCAUACAAGCCAACCCAUAAACAAGGCUCCUGAUCAUGGGAUUUUUGGUACACAUGAGGCUAGUGAAUCAUCAGAGGAUUCUAAAGCUGGUCGCCUUCCAAUAUUUUCUGUACUGAUUCCUAAGCCUCGUACCACAGCUGCAGCUCAAUCAGUUGAUGUCGCAUGUUCUGAUGAUGCAGAGCUACUCUUUGAAUACUUUGAACCAGAACAACCUCAGCAAAGACAACCAUUAUAUGAGAAGAUACAAGAGCUUGUUAGAGGUAACGCAUCUUCACGUUGCAAAAUGUAUGGGGACCCCACUAAUUUGGCCUCUCUGAAUCUACAUGACUUGCACCCCAGAUCCUGGUAUUCAGUGGCAUGGUAUCCGAUCUAUAGGAUACCAGAUGGCAACUUUCGAACUGCAUUUUUGACUUACCAUUCACUUGGCCACUUGGUUCAUAGAAGUGCCAAAUUUGAUUCCCCAAGUAAAAAUGAAUGCGUAGUUUCUCCAGUUGUGGGCCUUCAGAGUUAUAAUGCUCAGGGUGAAUGCUGGUUCCAGCCGCGGCACAGUGUAAACCAGACAACAGGAACUCCAAGCUUAGACCCUUCUGUGAUCAUGAAGGAGCGGCUGAGAACACUUGCAGAGACGGCAUCUCUUAUGGCCAGAGCUGUAGUAAACAAGGGAAAUCAGACAUCCGUAAACAGACAUCCUGAUUAUGAGUUCUUUCUUUCUAGGCGAGGCUAUUCACUUCUAUAGCUAGUCACUCAUAUUUGCCAAUGAUAUUGGCUGUCAGAUAAGAAGUAUUUCAUCUAGGGAGAUAAAGUAGCUGAUCUAGUUCCAUCCAUGUAGCAUAUGAGAUAAAGCUGCUGAUCUAGUUCCAUCCGUUUAGCAUAAGCCUCUUGGCAUGAACCUCAGCUUCGUUUUAGGAAAUGAUGUGGCGCUGGGUACUGAUCUAGUUAUUUGUUAAACUGCUGUAAGUAUUCAUUUCAGUUUUAGUUAAAAGUUCUUGAAUGUUU